GGUCUUUCUGCGAAUCUGCGACCGAUGCCAUCGCUGUCAAUCUCAAGCUAUCAGCAAAGACAUGCCGAGCAGCCGUUCUCACCAACCAUUGCACGAUGCGAAGUGUACGAAACUUGUUCGAGGGGCACUUCGGCCAGCCAAGGCACGAGUUAACUGCUUGUAGAUUCCAGGCUAUCACAUUGUGGCUCUACUCAGCUAUUGUCGAAUCAAGAGCUCCUCGUCAACUCCAUUUUAAUGUCUUGGCCGACCAUUUGCCCCCAAAUCGGGUGGCCGUGUCUCUCUUGGCGCCCUGCACACGCCGUAUUGGCAUCUCGUCAUUCACCAUAACGCUGAGAGCAGACAUCGUUAUGCUUUUCGCUGUCAAACCACACCAUGACCACCCUGUCAUGCCAACCUCUGAACCCCGCCCUAAGCCUUGUAUUCGUACCUGGAGGGGGUCUGUGAAAUUGCACCGCUCUUGCGAUCUUGGGGGUGGUCUAGGCCUAUGCCAAUGUUGUUGGCGCAGCAAUCUGGGUUGAACAAGAUAUGUCGAUACCUGAGUCGACUUCGAGUGACUUUACCCAAGUCUCCUCAAGUCUCUUCAUGUUACUCCCAAGAAUGGCAGCUGUCUGCCAUGGAAGAGACCCCCGUCGUGGAUCUUCCCAAGGCUUAGCGCGAUGGGCUCUGUUAGACGGUGUCACCACGCCAAGCGCGGUAGCGGAACUCGAUGUCGACGAACCUACAUCUGAAAGAUGCCUUCCUCAGAGGACCACCAAUCGGUUUCAUCUCUGAAUUCCCCUUCACCCGAUCAUCAGAUGUCGGCCACAAAAAGCAUCGCGCAAUGCCCUGGGCCACGGGAAACUUUACGGCCCUGCCGUCCUCGUACCAAAACCCACGGAAACCUUAACGUGGACGUUGCGAUUAUCGCAAUAUUGGGCUCCAGGCGGCCUAUACACGCAAGAUGCUGCCGAUAAAUGUAAUCCCAUUUAGAGGUAAACCCAGUCUCAAUUAGUGUAUCACCGAUAACUAUCUAAUAAUUGUCAUAGUAACAAGAGAUUCUAGCCACGCAGAUGCUACGGACUAGGCUAAAUCAUUCACCGCCUUGUCUACACGACUUUCACAAAUCGGAAUUCUCAUUCCAAAUGUUGCCUGAUAUUGCCAAAUCCGAGGUGCCACAGUCAGUUUGACAGACGAGAAUGUUCGCCUUCUCGCAUGGAGUUUGAGUCAGGUGGCGUUUUAAGGCCAAAAGUUCUGCCCAAUUACCAACUCACGAGACAGGACAAUUAUCGAAUUGCAGUAUUGAAUGCUUGCAAUUGCCUGCUUUUGGAUUGGGAUCGAACAGUCCUACGCCGGGUACUGGAAGAUCGGCAUCGCGAUGUAUCACUGCCCUCAGUGAUCAGUCAUUGGCAGACCCGUGGCGUGCUGAUAGGCAUAGUCAUCGCACACUUGCAAGGCCGUGGUUACAGAGACUCCAAAAGGCCCGACGUCGCGUUGGCAAACUCAAUGCCAGUCGUUUGGGUCACGCUAAGCAACGAUUACUUCUCGUCAUCAGCACCUUAAUCACCUUUGUAGAGUUGCAAUUUGCCCAAAAAUAACGUUCGCUGUUGAUGGACAGGGUGGAGGUGCGCCCAUUGAAUCGCGAAGCCUGUCAGCUUACCAGCAGCAGGCAGUAAAAUGAGGGCAAUGCAGAUCUUCUGCCCAGGUUUCGAUGACAGGUGUACAGAGAUUGCCCGCCGAACGGAAGACGCGAUUACUCGACCUAUGGUAUCCGUGCUGCCGUCCAGUCACGGGCGACAAAACUCUCCAUCAUGACCAGAGGAGUAAGCCAAACAGAGAUUGGGGCUCGUUCAAUCCCACGUCAGCAGCAGAUAUGCCUUCUGAACACAAGUUUGAUAAAUGGCGCUCGUCAACGCCCGCAGCGUGUGUCGUGCGUGUCACCAGGUUGGAGAUUGAUCACGGUGGGGAGGCCAUGGCCUAGCCACAAUGACUUGGAGUGAGCAACGACUUCCUGGAGUCAAACAUGAUCCUCUACCAACGGGGAACAUCGCUUGAUCUGGAGGGAAGUGGGCUAAUUACUCCGUACUGGUUCACCCUAUACCAAACUCUGAGAAAGCUUAUUGACUCGAAUACAGGCCUUUCAACAUGUCGACAAUCUCACCUUUCAAGAGAGGAAAGUUAAAAUUCAGACGAAGUUGGGGGCUACGCCUACAGUCUGCCUAUCUCGCAUUGAAGAUCGAGAAUCGGAC